AAUUUAUUUUAUACAAUUCAAUACAAUUCUUACUCUAAUCAACUAAUUUCAGUAUUAUCACAGACAAACAGACGUAACACUCUUCAAAACGACUUGGCACAUGCAUUUAACCAUCAAUUCAAAUUUCAUUGGAUUUGCGCGAUCCUUCCACCAGAGGCGCUAGCGCUCGAUCGCUUUGACGUUUGCCAAUGUACACGUUGCUGAAUGAUACAAACGGAAAUUACAGGCGAUUUGUGUAGUAGUGUGCGUGUUAGACAAACGUCAAAUCGAAAUCCAUCAUGGCCGACAGUGUCUCGCGCGAUUAUACCAACAGAUGGCAGUGAGCUCAUGAAAAAGACACCGGGCAAAAGUUUUUGAUGAAUUUGCUCGUCUGUUUGUCUGUGGUAUUAUAAUGACAUACUUUAUCCUUGACUAUAUCGUACUGGUUCAUUAUAGAACUGAAAUGAGUUGCAUAAUAGUUAUUUUUGCAAUUUCUCAUCGUAAUAGGCUGUUUUACCUCACGCAAAUCUACCAGGAAAAGGCCUACUUUCCCACAUCACAUUAGUAGUGCGGUAAUGGUUCAUUACAGCACUGAUUUGCGUUGCGUAAUGAACCAUUACAGCACUGUUUUCAGUUUUGAUUAACUUCUUGAUGCUUUCUGGACGCAGGUUUCAAAAUUUGUGACAGCUGCACAGCAUAACCUGCUAUGAUCAGUCUUUCUUAAACAUGGCUAUGAACAUCAGUGUCCAGUUUGAUGAAAAAGUUUUGUUAAAAACUAUCCUCAAGUUGUAAUGCUAUAAUAAUUCAUGUUCCAAUUUGUACACCACUUUAAUAUUAUUUGCCAAGACUAAUUCUCAAUCUCGUUUUGUGCAUUGGAAAAGAACCAACAGAGCGAAAAGCUUAUCAUGAGCACAAACCCUUAGGCACUCUUCUUUACUCGAUGGAUCGCUUCUGAUCGUUUUCGGUAAAAUCAGUUUUAAAUAUUUUUUGCUCCACUCUCUCUCUCUUGAGUUCCAAGAUGAUGAGCGCCUACCUGAUAUUUGCAUAUUGCGCUUCUAAUUUCUGCAUAGGGAAUGCUGGGUUAGUAGCUGCUAUUGAACGUUAAACCUAUAGAAAUUCUUUGUUCAAAUUUAUUGCGCAGUAGAGUUUUAAACAAUGACUAGGGCGAUGAGUCCUCUGAAAGAAGAACAUCACUUGAGUCUUGAUCUACGAUCAGUGCGGAUGUGCCUAACUGAAAGUUAAUACGACGCUAGUGGAAGUUAUUAAGAAUUCGAUAGUGAUAAUUUGAGAACGUUAUUAAUCCGGAAGUGCGAAGAUUACACAAAUUAAGAAUCGAAUAGUGAGCCUUCCGAGAUUGUUAUCACACCUGAUUGUGUGCUGUAAUUAAUUUACUGUGGUAAAUUUUUAAGGUAAGCAUACAACGGAUUCUAAUGCGAAGCCAAAAUCUAAUGAACACGUUAUAGGAAUAACCCUACAACGUGGGGUUUUUGUUUGGGCUCGGACCAUUGACAACCGCCAACCGUCGUCGACCACGUGCAACUCGUCCAGGCGUAUCCCGGUGCGCCGCUGCGGUGGCUCGUGAGUACUCACUGCAGUGUCGUUCUAUCCCAGAAUCCGACCGAGUGCUAGAACGCAACCAAGCUGCUCGAUAUCCGCCGGGGACUCAAUUUUGAAUUUCGGUGUCAAGCCAAAACGAUCACCGACCAGCACCCGACGCCCCUACAGUGGUGCUAGGCGUCGUCAUCCCGAGGCGCAAGAGAGCUUUGGACACGCGUCGUGAGAGUACUUUGCGGUCGCUGGACAAAUCAAACCAAACGAAAGUGGUAAGUUGCACCCAACUACUUUGGUCGAAUCACCCCUCGGUCACGCGGAGAGCCUGAGCACGAGAGCGAAGAGCAUCGAGGUGAAGCCACGUCGGGGCCCCGAUCAUCGCGUCGUUGGAACCUGCCGGCAAGUACUUGCAUGCAUGAAGAGAGAAGAGUAGCUUUAAGAUAGGUAGCCUAGGGAGAUCGAUUGUGCAAGGAAAAUUGGAACAAUAAAGCUAUUUUUAAACCUUGCACUGGUUCCUACAUAGGCACAGCUAGGCGAUAUUUUGCGCUGAUUUGAAAUCUCUACUGAAGUGAUUUGAAAUCGGUUUUUUUCGUAACUUUUAGCUCCAUAUUUUAUGAAUUGAGGGGGCCAAAGGCCAAAGAGUUUUUUUAGGUUUACACGGGAGGGAUUCGAAAGGUAAGUCGGGUCGUCAUUUGGAAGCCAAGAAUAGCUGGUGUGUUUGAGCAACUAUUAAAACUCGCCCUAGAAGAGGGUCUCAAAGCCGGGACCCAAACAGCAUCAGCAGCCUUCCUCGUUGGGGAAGUGGCGCUUAAGCUGCUGUUUGUGAUAAGCUCGAGCAAAUUCGUUACAUUUUGGCGCCCAACGUGGGGCCUGAGAGAUGAGAAAUUAGACAAUUAGAAACAAAUUGGAAUUAAUUUUGAAUUUAAAGUGAAUUGGAGCUGACGCAUUAAUUUAGAUUGAAUUUGAAUAACUUUUUGAAUUUGAGAUUUGGUUAGAAAAUAGUUAAGAUUAGUAUUACUACAGUUUGUUCUGUGUCUAGCUUUAGUUUUUUCUUUCUUUUCUACUUUUAUUUUUUUUUGCUGUUUGAGUGUUGUAUUUUUUUCUCGACUCCUAAGUUAAGACCAUUUGAAUGCCAUUGAAUUUUUUUUCUUAAUAUACAUUUUUCUUUGAUUGUUCAGUACUAUGAUGGAAACAUAUCGCAUUUACGCGAAAGAUUUGGAGGAGGAUGAGAUUGAGGUAUGAGCUGUCCAUUCGGGGUUACCCUCUCGAAGGGCCCAUGGACACGCGUUACCGUUCCCUACGGUUGGCCUUACGUCAACCCGAAAACGGGGAUGCAAUUUUGAACACGGAGUACUCGUUGACCGGUGACUUCGUGGUUGUUCCCAUUAAACUAAAAGAAAUUGAAACUUUGUUAGAGACAGACGAUUUAAAGUGUUUUUCGAGACUUGUGCAUUACCACAAAAGAGUGCGCCGUUAUGUGCCUGAAACAGAUGCUCAGCGACGAAAUCAGCAGGAGUUGUUGGACGUGAUCAAUCGGAUGAUGCUAAAGUAUUACAACGUGGAUCUGCGAGAUGCAGCUGACUUGGUUCCGGUGAUGCGUUUGGCAGCAAAUCGACCUGAGGCUGCUGGAGCUGCGGCUCGUGGCAUGAACAUGAGGGAUGUGACAGCAUCUUUGGCUAAGCAGUUCAAUACCGGAAGUAAUGCAAUCGGUGACGGCGUGGGCGUAUCAACCCCAGUAAAAACCCGUAUCUCAAAUGGAUCUCUACCUCCAGUAGGGGAAGAGUUAAUCAGUUUUACUGAAGAUGGAGGCACCUUAUCGUGUCCACAAGGAACUCCAAAGGCAGCAGUGGCUUCGACUGGAGCAGUUCGUAAACAACCAAUGGAGGGCGAGGACAGAGGUGAGGACGGCCUCAAAAAUGUCGCGGGUGAGGUGCGCGAACCAAUGAUACAGGCAAAACGUAGGGAAUCUGGAGAAGUUCCGCCGGGAAUCGCUUCGCCGAAAGGAGCUGUAGGUGGUGUUCCGGUCAGCCGAUUUGAGCCACGGAACCCGUUGAGGCCGAUCGAGGUGGAUUGCCUGUGGGAGACUCCAGAAUUCAAAAGCAGCAUUCCGAAUACACUGAUUCCGCCGAAGCAACGAGUGAGUAGUGAACCGCUUGCUGCAGCACGACAAAUGGUGAGCCCCGGAGUUGUUCGUGGGAAACCUGCCCAAGAAAAGAUAGAUAUGAGUGAUUUUGUGCACAAAUCUGAGAUUCGAGGAUACAUCCAGUCGUACUUGGACCAAGUUUUCACGUCGGAACGUCAUUUUCCAGGAAGGAUGAACCCACCCGUGGUCGAUACGUUGGUUGACAGAAUUGCCAACAUUGGAAUACAUGAUCCAGAGGUUUCGCAGAUAUCCAGAGCGGCCAAUCAACGCCCCGAAGUGGAUUUUGAUCCGCCAUUGCAGUUGCCUCGGACGACGCCUAUCUAUGGUGGACCUGUAAGGAAUAACCAACAUUCGAACUCAGGUGUACGCGUCGACCCUCCCAGAAUGGAUCCGGGUUUGAUUUCUCCUUUUGAUAACGGCGGGGAGCCUUCGUAUUCCAACGCUAAUGUGAUUGGAAUACCGGAUAAUCUUGGUGGAAAUUGGGCGAAUUAUUCGUCCCGUAGGAGAUUGCCUCAUCAGACCUGUAACAUAAUUGAGAAAUGGCCGAAAUUUUCGGGUGAUUCUAAUCCUGUUCCGGUUGUAGAUUUCUUGCGUCAGGUAGAAAUCCUUAGUCGCUCGUACCAGGUCACCCCAGAUGAGUUGCGGAUGCAUGCUCAUUUGCUAUUUAAAGAUGACGCCUAUGUAUGGUUUACGGCCUACGAGAGUCAACUAGCGACAUGGGACAUGCUGUUAAUCUACCUGAAAAUGCGCUAUGACAAUCCGAACAGAGACCGAUUUAUCCGGGAGGAAAUGAGGAAUCGUAAGCAACGGCCAAACGAACUGUUCAGCGCCUAUUUGACGGAUUUGGAGGCCAUGUCGCAAAGGAUGACCCGCAAGAUGACCAGGGAGGAGAAAUUCGAUAUCGUUGUAGAGAAUAUGAAAAUUUCCUACAAGCGAAGACUGGCAUUAGAGCCGGUCAAUUCAAUUGAACAUUUAGCUCAAUUGUGUUACCGAUUCGAUGCGUUAGAAGCCAACUUGUAUGCGCCGCGGAGUGUGAUGAAGCCAGCUCUCAAUGCUAUCGACUGCGACGAAGAGUAUGAUAAAGAUUCGGGGGACGACGAAGAAGCGUGUUUGCUGGCCUUACAACCGAAAAACCUCCGCAAGAGAAAUACUAACGGUCCUAAGGACAAAAGCGAAAAAGAAAACAGUCAGCUACUUUGCUGGAAUUGCCGCCAGAGUGGACACAUGUGGCGAGACUGCAAUCGCAAGAAAGGCAUUUUCUGCCACAUUUGUGGAGCACCUGAAACGACUGCAUACCGGUGUCCCGAAAACCAUAAUUUGCGACCUCGAGAUUCGUCGCCCGAGGUACCAAAAAACGAGUAAUGUCAGGGAUUCCUGGGAACAGAUCCCCUGAAAGAAUCGUAGAUGAAGUUCCCAUUCGACCGUUUAAGUUAUUCAACCACAUAUAUGAUAUCAACACCUGUUUCAGACGUUGUCCGCACCUUCGAGUGAAAAUUUUUGAGGAAGAAGUCGAAGGACUGGCCGAUACGGGAGCAGGAGUAACCAUCAUCAAUUCAGUUAGCCUAAUCAACAAAUUUGGCUUGAAAAUUCACCAGUGUAACUUGCGAAUAAAAACAGCGGAUAGUACGGAAUACACGUGUCUUGGGUACGCGAAUAUCCCUUACACCUACGGAACAAGAACGUGCGUGGUACCCACGAUCGUAGUACCGGAGGUUUCUAAAUUGCUGAUUUUAGGAGUAGACUUUUUAGACACCUUUGACUUCAAGCUGAUGAUCGCUGAGGACACAAGCAGUCAGAAUUCCGGCAACCCUCUGUCCCAGACCACGGAGGAUUGUCAAACACCCCUAAUGAUAGCCGAGGAUUUCUUUUCAGACGAUGAUCAAGCGUUAUGUUUUCAGAUUGAACCAUUUAACCAGAAACAUCCUGAAGAAUCUCGGGAGACAGACGAGAGCUUAGAAAUGCCCACGGUAGAAAUACCUACGUCAACAGUGCAGUCACCUAAGGAUAUCGAUACUGAACACCAUUUGACGGACGAUCAGCGACAGAUGUUGUUUGAGGCAGUUAUACGGCUUCCUGCAACUGCAGAAGGAAGUCUCGGACGAACAACAAUUCUAAAACAUCCAAUAGAGCUUCUACCGGGAACACAGCCGCGAAGGUUACCCAUGUAUAAGUGGUCACCAAUCGUCGAGAAGGUCAUUGAUGAAGAAGUUGAGCGAAUGCAGAAACUCGGAGUAGUCGAAGAGUGCUCUGGACCCGUAGAAUUUUUGAAUCCGCUUCUUCUCAUUAAAAAGGCUAAUGGAAAAUGGAGAAUCUGUCUUGAUUCACGUCGGCUUAAUUCGUGUACGAAGCGUGACGACUUUCCAUUCCCUAAUAUGACGGGAAUUCUGCAACGAAUUCAAAAAUCUCGCUACUUUUCAGUCAUUGACCUGUCUGAAUCAUAUUAUCAGGUCAGCCUUACGAAUUCGGCAAAGGACAAAACAGCCUUCCGUACCAACAAAGGGCUGUUUCGAUUCGUAGUGAUG